GCAUUGCUUGUUUACAACUUACAACAAAUUGAUAAAAAUUUAAUUGCGUAAAAACACAAAACAAAUCGACACUCUUAUCAUUAGUCCUUUCACAUGCACCGUUUUUAAAUAAAACCUGUAAAGCUUGAUAAAAACUAGAUUCUUUCAUAAUAUAGAAUAGGGAAAAAAUGUUACGAAAUUCCGUGAGAUUCUUGAGAACACGCAGUCAAUGCGGUCGAAAAAGUGCAACGUCUUUUUACAGAUAUGCGGAAAGCAGGCAUUUCAGUGGAUUUCAACCUAUAAUUUCUAGUACAAAUGUGGGCAUUGGAUCACCUCUUGUCAACAAUUGUUUUUGCCGCAAUAUGUUCAUACAAACUCAAGACACACCUAAUCCUAAUAGCUUGAAGUUCCUGCCUGGUACUAAAGUCCUGGAACAAGGGCAAACCAUGGAUUUCCCUAACAUAGGAGCAGCACAAUGUAGUCCUCUAGCAAAAAUGCUAUUCCGCAUUGAAGGGGUAAAGGCUAUAUUCUUUGGUCCGGAGUUUGUGACUGUCACAAAACAGGAUGAUGAUGUGGAGUGGAAGAUAUUGAAACCUGAAAUUUUCGCAACAAUCAUGGAUUUCUUUGCAAGCGGUCUGCCGGUUGUGACUGACGCGAAACCUUCAGGAGAAACACAAAUCAAUGAGGAUGAUGACGAGAUAGUGCAGAUGAUAAAAGAAUUACUUGACACUCGCAUCAGACCAACAGUCCAAGAGGAUGGUGGUGAUGUUUUGUUUGUAGACUUUAAAGACGGGAUAUUAAGGCUCAAAAUGCAAGGAUCCUGUUCUUCCUGCCCAAGCUCAAUUGUGACUUUGAAGAAUGGUGUCCAGAAUAUGAUGCAAUUCUACAUACCGGAAGUACUGGCUGUUGAACAAAUCGACGACGAAGGCGAGAAGUUAAGCGAAAAAAUAUUUAGAGAAUUUGAACAAUUAAAAAACAAAGAAAAGAAAACUGAAUAAAAAUGUUAACUGUAAGUAGGUAGAUAUAGAAUUGUAUAUAUUGCAUAGUAUAAUGUUAUACGAAGUUCACAAUUACAUAUUAUGGGUUAAAGUAAAUUAUGCACGAAUGUUUGAAUUCUUUUGUUAACAUAAAAAAAUAGAUUUGUUUUAAAGAAUGAUCAAAAUAAUUCAGAACUUCAAAGAAUAUUUUAACAGAAACAUUGAAUUAUAGAUCUUUAUUUUAAUUUGGCUGUAUCUGCUUCUUUAUUUAUAAAGAUAGUUAUAAAUAAAUUGUUUUGUUAAUCAA